CAAACCAGUUUUGCUUCCUGAUCAGCAAGGUCAAUUUAAAAAACGCAUUUAAAAUGACAGCGUGAAAUGCUAAUGAGAUGGGCAUGAUCUCAUUUCUCAUUUAAAAUUAAAGUAUAAGUAUACAUAGUUAUCUUGGCCAUUAUAAGUUGUCACGGAUAUGCAACGAUUGCAUCAACAAACCGCACUGCAACCAGCUGCAUGCCCUUCUAAAGAUCACAAGCCUGUGUUAACUGACUGAAGACGGCUGUAUUUUCUGCUUCUGGAUAUGACACAGCUCCUCAAAGAAAUGAUCGCCAGCAUGGGGACCCAUAUUGAACCCAACUGCACAGCGGAGAACAAGCAUUUGUACAUCUUCUACUCCUCCGUGAUGAUAGUGGAGUUUAUUUUGGCUCUGCCCCUCAAUCUCACCGUUCUCUACCUCUUCAUCUUCAAGCUCAAGUUCUGGAAGUCCAACAGCAACACGGUCUUCCUGUUCAACCUGGUCGUGGCCGACGUACUUCUGCUAAUCUGCCUGCCUGUGAAAGCCUACCACUUUCAGAUGGGUGAGCGGCGCAGCAAGAAUGGGUUCGUCUGCAAGGCGAUGCUCUUCAUGCUGUUCCUCAACCGAGGGGCCAGCAUCGCCUUCCUGACCGUCAUCUCCGUCGACCGCUACUUCAACGUGGUUCACCCGCAAAAGAAGAACUUCCUCAAAGCCCUGAAGAGAUCACCUCACAUUUCGGUCCUCAUCUGGUUGCUCCUGCUCCCCCUCACCAUUCCCACUAUGCUCAAGACCUUUGAGUGCUGCAACAGCCUCAAUCGAGAAGGCGAGGAGGACAAUAUCACCGACACUUUGAGGGAGGUUGUGUUCUUUACGCAGAUUCUCAUCCCUUUCUUCAUCCUGGUCUUCUGCACCGUGCAGGUUGUACAGAGGCUGAAGAGGAAGACUGUGGGGGACAGGACCAAGCUUCGCAGGGCCGUGUUUCUGGUCACCUCAGUUGUGCUGGUUUUCUCCAUCUGCUUCUUGCCGUGUACUAUAUCCAGAAUGGUGGUGCUGAUCUUCAGAGUCAAUGACUUUUCCAAAGAAGAAAUAGCUGUUCAAGUAUAUGACGGACUCAUGGUCUUCUCCUACUUGGACUGUCUGUUGGACCCAUUGGUGUACUGCUUCAGCUGCACAAACUUCAAAGAAUUAUAUAUCACCAAAUUCUUUCCUUUCUUAGCAAGCAAAGACGAGGGACAACAAAGAGACAGUAGUAGACUGUGAUCAGGGAAUACACCAAAAUGCACAAAUACAAUAAGACAAAAUAAUCUUAUACAAUCCAGUUGUAAUGUAAGUAAUGUAAUUUUGUGUGUAUCAAAAUUAUGGAUGUAAAACGCAUGUUUUUUCGGAGUCCAAGAUAUGUUCGACAAAGAAACGGCAGCUAUUCAAAUAUUAAACAGGCUCAUGGUCUUCUCCUACAUGGACUGUCUGCUGGACCCUCUGGUGUACUGCUUCUACAGUGCACGUUUCAAGAAACUGUACAUAUCAAACAUCUGCCCAUUUCUGCUGCCCAAGAAAAAACCCAAAACCCAAAACCCUAAUCGCCGACAGCAGAAACACACUGUGCAAGGAGCUAGACAAAGGAAUGUCACUCUUUGGACUUUCUGGAACUUGUACUUUUUGAGCUGGAACAAUGUGCUACAUUUAUAUCUUACAUUGUUUCAAAUGCUGUAUGUAUUUCCUCAUUUUAUGUUUAUUUUCAUUGAACAUUGGUACGGAACUGUUUUGCUACAGUUAAUUGAGAGUAAAGUACAAGUAAAUUAACUCACUUGAGAUUUUAGAUCAGUUUUGUAUACUUUUUUAUAUGAUCUUAUUACAUGAUAAAAUCAAUGCACAGCAUUUCAUGACAAAUAUAUUCAUCGGAAGGCAUUCUUUGGGCAAACAAAUUCAUGAAAAUAUAUGACUUUAAAGCUUGUUUCUAGAACAAAGUAUUUUACUGUACAUCAAUAAAGUAACAUAAC